AUGUCGGCAAGUUCCUGGCUGGGAGUCGAGUCGGCUGAAACCACUCCAAAUUACAAACCGGAGACCUCAAAUCCUGACAGGCUUCGGCCAAUGGACAGCUAUAUGGGGCGCAAAACGAGCCUUUACCAGAAGUCCAAAUUUGUGUAUGAGCUUUGGAAUCUAGAUGACGCCUCAACAGGCACCGUGUAUCUACCCACUACGGAGCCUGCGCUGUAUAGAACUGACCGAAUACUUAACAUCCCGCCGCAGUUUAAUCGCUUGGUACACAUAUUUUGA